AUGGGUGAAGAAGAACCCUCAUUUUCAAGACCUGGUGAUGGAGGAUGUGAAGAAGCAUUCCCGCCAGGCAAAAGUGGAGUAGGGCUGUGUGGGAAGGAGGCAGUAUCCUCGCCAGGUGAAGAAGGGGCUGGGCUGGGAGGCGAAAUGGCGCCAGAGGUGUCGGGCUCACCUAUGGGCAGUGGGGUAGAGGAAGGAGCAACUGGUUCCUCGUCCCAAAUAGGUUCAGCCAUCACAGGAGGAGGCCGAGAAGGCAUAGCCUACAGGAAUGAUAGCGAAGAAUCAGUGCUCAACUGA